ACAGGUAUGCCAAAGGAAAAAUAUGAUCCUCCAGAUCCCCGCAGAUGUUACACCAUCAUGCCAGCGGAGGAGGUGGCCAGUGGGAAGAAGUCUUACUGGGCCGAGCUCGAGAUUUCUGGACGGGUGAGGAGCCUCAGCACCUCCUUAUGGACGCUCACUCACCUGACGGCGCUGCACAUCAACGACAACAACCUGAGCCGCAUCCCGCCGGACAUCGCCAAGCUGCCCUACCUGGUCUACCUGAACCUGUCGUCCAAUAAGCUGCGCAGCCUGCCCGCCGAGCUGGGCAACAUGGUGUCUCUCAGGGAAUUGCUUUUAAACAACAAUCUUUUACGAGUUCUGCCUUAUGAACUCGGGAGGCUUUUCCAGUUACAAACCUUGGGGCUAAAAGGAAACCCGCUGUCCCAGGACAUCCUCAAUCUGUACCAGGAGCCGGACGGAACCAGAAAGCUUUUGAACUACAUGCUCGACAAUCUUGCAGUGCACCCAGAGCAGCUCCCCCAAAGACCUUGGAUCACUCUGAAGGAGCGAGACCAAAUGAGUCCCUCAGGUACGUUCAUCGGGGUGGAGCUUCCUGUUGGAGAGGAGCUUCACGGGUCAGACACAUCGGACACCUGGAAAGGUGAAACCGCAGUAAUGGGCUUUGUGCGUUUCUCUCUUCUGCAGCCGGUUCACCCGUCAUGUGCUUACAACGUGCUGUGCGAUAAGUACGCCACGCGGCAGCUGUACGGCUACUGUCCGUCCUGGGCCCUCAACUGGGAGUACCGGAAGAAAGGCAUCAUGGAGGAAAUCACCGGCUGCGACGCCGACAUCAUCAGCUUGCAGGAGGUGGAGACGGAGCAGUACUACGCCAUGUUCCUGGACACGCUGAAGGAGCGCGGCUACGACGGAUACUUCUGUCCAAAGUCUCGCGCCAAGCUGGUUUCUGAACAGGAGCGGAAACACGUGGACGGCUGCGCCGUGUUCUUCAAGACCGAAAGGUUUACUCUGGUCCAGAAACACACUGUGGAGUUCAACCAGGUGGCCUUGGCCAACUCUGAGGGCUCCGAGGUCAUGCUGAACCGGGUGAUGACCAAAGACAACAUCGGGGUGGCCGUUCUGCUCGAGGUCAACAAGGAGAUGUUCUCCGAUGGCGUGAAGCCUCCGCAGGAGAGGCAGCUGAUCCUGGUGGCCAACGCCCACAUGCACUGGGACCCCGAGUACUCGGACGUCAAGCUGGUCCAGACCAUGAUGUUCCUGUCGGAGCUGAAGAGCAUCGCCGAGAGGGCCUCGGGCUCCGUGGCCACCGGCUCGCCCGCCUCCGACCCGUCCUCCAUCCCCAUCGUCCUGUGCGCUGACCUCAACUCGCUGCCCGACUCCGGCGUGGUGGAGUACCUGAGCAACGGCGGCGUGGCCGAGAACCACAAGGACUUCAAGGAGCUGCGCUACAACGACUGUCUCACCAACUUCAGCUGCAACGGCAAGAACGGCAACUCUGACGGCAGCGUGACGCACAGCUUCCAGCUGAAGAGCGCCUACGACAGCAACCUGAUGCUCUACACCAACUACACCUACGACUUCAAGGGCGUCAUCGACUACAUCUUCUUCUCCAGGACCCACAUGAGCGUCCUGGGCCUGAUGGGCCCGCUGGACAGCGACUGGCUGGUGGACAACAACAUCACCGGCUGCCCCCACCCGCACAUCCCCUCCGACCACUUCUCCCUGCUGGCCCAGCUGGAGCUGCACCCCGCCCCGCCCCGCCCCCUCAACCCCCUCAACGGGCUGCACCUGCCGGUCCACCGGUAGUGCAGCCGCCCCGCCCCCCCAGAGCCCUGUACAGUCCACCGAUCAUGUCAGAACUCAAACCCACAAGGAGUGAAGUAUUCGCCCGUUUGUUGCUCCGUUUUUUUUUUUUUGUGUU